ACCUUCUUCUUAGACCUUUUUUCGUGUAUUUCAGGUAAAAUGUCAUUUAAGGAACAAUGCAUUUACUGGCACAACUACUUCCGCACUCUUCAUCAGGUAAAUUUACAUUGUCAAGUUUCAAGCUCCUCUUGAAUUCUAUAGAAUAAUAUAUACAGGAAUAUAAGAAAGGACCUUCUGAAGAAGCCUCCCACAGGGCUGUCACUAAGGGCCGGGGGGCGGGGAAUUUCCCCGGCUACUAAGAGCAUGACCCCAGGCUAUUUUCUGGAAAACAAAAGAAAAAUGAGACCAAAAGAACUCCCUGGCUGUUCACUUCCCUACCUACUAAUUGCAUAUACCCGGCAAUUUGAAAUCUUAGUGACAGCCCAGCUCCCACUCAGACGUUCCUAGGGGUUCCUUACGCUUCCCUGUGGGGAAGGGACGCGUGACGAACCCCUAAGAACAUCUGCGUGGGAGGCUUCGUCUGAAGUAGUCCCUAUGAUUUUAAAACUCUUGCUUCGUUAGCCAGGACUAACCACGAAGAAUUACUGUUCAAGUGUAAAGAAUUGGGUAAGGUUUGUAGUUGCUGAAAAUGAGUGACGUAACCCUUUAAAGUACAGUUAAACCCCUUUAAUGCGGACACUGAGACCCAGGGUGCUGUACAAAGCGCCCGUAUCAACGGGAUGUCCGUGUUAAGCGGGUUGAAUUUAGAGAAAAUGUAAGGGCUUUCUUUCACCAGAGACAAAGCAAACUGUCUGUAGUAAUAAGGCGUCCGUGUUAAGCUGGACCCAGUUGUUCGAAGACCGAUUAGCGCUUAACCAGAGGUUAAAUUUACCCGUGAUUUCUUAUUCUUGCGUUUAAAAGCAUUUUCUAGGAUAAUUUGCUCUAUCAUUUUUAGACUGCCUUCCAGUCAUGAACUUGUAGACACAAAGCACUGAAACUGAACUGUUUUUUGCGCUUUCAAAUCUUAAUUCAAAUCUCGCACUAACCCUGGGUUAACUUAACCCAGCUUCCAACAACUCGGCCCAGGUGUUUAUAAAGCGCGGUUUGACUAUACUCUAAGUUGUCACAGAUGAGAGGUUAGACGGCCGAUAUAUCAAGACUACUGCAUUAUAUGUGGGCAAUUUCAGAAGCUUAUGGGCUCGUUGAAAUGUCUUAAUGCCUUUAAUUUCGCGUUAGAGUGUGGAAGACAUAUUUACGUCACUACUUGGAAACAAAAAAAAUGCUUUUUCAUUUGCUUUAAAUCGCUUUAGAAUGUAAUAACAGCACUUAGUUUGAAUACCUAAUAAUGGGUCAGAGCUUUUUAUUGCGCAAUUUUCCAUCAAGUAAGUGACCUUGCUGGCUACAGAAUGAACUCCAAAUUCCUUGCACCGAACAAGACCAGUAUUUGAAGUUAUUUUUUCAUUUUACUACUAUUAUUUGCCGGUAAUUUACUCACUAAAAAUCAUUUUAUUACAAACUUAUAUUUCCAGGUUGGUAAUGUCUCGUGGUCAAUGGACCUUCAGAAACAGGCAGAGGACUGGGUCAAAUAUCUGGCUGAAAACGACAAGUUUGAUCAUAGCAAAAAGAAUCCCGGGAAUUUAUACCUGUCCCAUCCUAACGUUUACCCAGCGGAGUAUUGCAGUGAUGCUGUACAGUGGUUUCAUUGGGAGGAAAAGUAUUAUAAUUACAGUAGACCCGGUUACAGUAAAGCAGCGGGACAUUUUACAACGGUAUGUCACGAGCAUUACAAAUUUCGCAAAGACAACAGCUUAUAAAGAUUAUUGUAAUCCCGGAAGGGGGCGGGGGGGGAGGGAUGGUGGCACUCCGGAUUUCAAGUGGUGGGGAUGGUCAAAUGGGGGCAAAAAUAAAAACUCACAAAAAUCCCUAGGGCUUCCAACACAACCCCCCAAAAAUGCCUGGACCAAUAAUUAACCCCCCAAAAAUUCCAUGUCUAAUUUCUGAGCCUUAAAAAUUUCUGGGAUACGCGGGCACCACCGCGAAUCUUCAGAUUGUUUGAAUACCCAAAAAUAUUGCUACCUAAAUCAAACCAUCUAAACAAUACUAGCAAACUUUUCCUACCCCUAAAAACCUAAAAUCGAAAAUUUCAAACCCAAACCCCCCCCCCUCAACUGGGAUUGCAAUCAAACAAAGUUCAUACCGUCCGCGUGAGCGUAGUCUUGAAUAGGACUGUUGCUGACAGUGAAUGACGUUUCGACAACCUGUGUGGUAGUCAUCUUCAGAGCCAAAGUGAGUUGUAUCAUGUCACUACCACCGCGCAUGUUGUCGAAACACCAGUCACCGUUUUCUCUCUAGAUAAAGGAGAACUAUCGUGUGUUACAUAGGCGGAAUUUGGAAGCGAUUGGAGUAGUUGGAGCGAGUUUACGGCUGUUUUCCUUCGGUGGAUCAGUCGGCCCGCUUCGCUGAAGUGCCCAACUUGGUAAAUCCCUAUAUAGAGAGAAAACCGUUUACAUAAAACGGCCACAAAUCGGCCCGUUGACCACACACGAGAGACGUAACACACAUUUUAAGUAAGGUAAGCUGUUUUUUAUUGAAAUCCUUUCACUUUCAUAGGUUACAGAAAAGAUAGGUUUUUUCCCAUACAAAUCCUUAUAUUUCGAAUGUUUCGCAACAAUGCCGAUGUUCGCCGAUGCUCAUAUUUUGAGCUUGGGCUACCUGUGGUCCUAUUCAGGACUACGCACACCCGGAAAAUCAUGCUUCACCUACUUAUGACAUGACGUCUGGGUUUAAUCCUUUCACAAUCAAGCAAAGUUUCAGUGCCUUUUUCUCCUUCAUCUUUUUAGGUAGUCUGGAGGAACUCAAAAGAAAUUGGAGCUGCUUGGGCAAUACGAAAAGACAAGAGACUUGUUAUUUCAAUUAAAUACCACCCUGGGGGCAACUACAUUGGCUACUUUGCAAAUAAUGUCUUCCGACCCAUCGCGACCAGACUCGGUCCAGAGUGGCCGCAUCAGCCACCCGGGUUCGCAAGAUGCCCUGCAAAGUUCGUUAUACCGACAACAACAGCAGGACCAAUCACUUUACCAAGUAUGUGUAAUGCGUUACAAGUGAACAAUGUGCUUUCAAACACUCCCCGUUAUCCUCAGCAAAUUUUCAUGGCUCAACGGUUGUUGUAUUGACCAUCCAUCCAUCUUCAUCUAAGCCGGUGGCGUCUGAUUAGACUAGACUCAGAACGUCGGAUGUUCUGCUUUCGUCCAGAAAUGCACAUAAUUCGGACCUUAGGUACUUCAUACUACCUGCAAUGAUAACUUCAUGUUUGACAGAAUUCCUUGGGUUGAGGUUAGGAUUAGGGCUACUGAACACUUCUUGGCGUCAAUCAUAAAGAUUAAGUAUCUCAUUAGAGCCCAUUACUGGACAUAACAGGAUGGACUGAUCAAUUGAUUUUAAAUUUGAAAACCUUGUUGUCCACCCUUAAUCUCAAUAUAAGGCAAGACUCAGAGUCUAGUGGCGGAUCCAGACAUUAAGAUGGGAGGGGGGAGAGGGGGGGGGGGCGGUCAUCCAGACCCUGAGAUGAUAAGGGUCUAAAAAUAAGGGGGGGCGGGUCCCCUGGGUUUCUCCCCUAGAUUCGCCACUGAGACUUUACUCUUUAAUCCAGGGGAUCAUAAGGGACUUGUUUCAUUUUUCAUCUACUGCGUUAUUUUGCUUAAUUUCACAGCUCCAAGCACAAUACCGUUUAAAGACCAAUGCCUUUCCUGGCACAAUUAUUUCCGUACCCUUCACCAGGUAAAUUAUUAUGGACUGCUAGGCUGGGAAAGGGAAAGGGAAGGGGAAUGGGGAAAUUGGGCUUGAGUCUAAAUCCCCAUCUCCCCCUCUCUGAAGCGCGCCUGUAAUGAGGGCGAGAUAGAGGCGCUAACUUAUUCCGUCCUUAUUUUGUAACAAGAGGGCGCUGGUCAAUUUCCCCAAAUUUCCCCGCUUCCCUGAAAAAUGCCUGUCUAGCCUGCGAGCAAGCUCUCCAUUUGUGGCGUUCGCGAGAGUCAUCAUCUUGCGUCUAACAGUUCGAAGGAUUUAGUUCACUCUCAUCACUUCAUAUUGGAUCAACAUUUGACAAUCUUUAUGGCUAAAUGAUAAUCUUCAUCUCCGGUCGUUCUGGGACGCUCCAGCCGUCUCUCAAAACCGAAAAGAGACCCAGGAUUUAAAUACAUGCACUUUUGAAUAUGCCAGCUUGAUCGUGAAAUGGCCACUGCAGAAGUCCCUCCCAUGCCUCGACCAUUGCCACAAGGAUCCAGUCAGGAGCACCGGGCGACGUUUUUCUGUAAAACAACUGUUCGAAGGAGCAAAUAUUGCCUAGAAAUUUCUAAAGCUUGAGAAAAGCUAAAAAUUUCUGGAUAACCGUUCCAAACGUCUAAAAUAUUCGGAGGUUUUCUAAUGGCUUAACUACGAUUUUCGGAGGUUGUGUUAUUCACAUUUUAAUACCAAGAUAUUACGAUUAUAGUUAAAAAAGGUCUCCUAAAAAUUUCGGUCCAAUUUCGUCCCCCAUAAUUUUCUAAUGAAAGCAAGGCUACUUCAUGUCCUCAAACCUUCGACUGGACCCAUAACGGUAGCUAACACUUUCGGAUGAGACGAAAAAGGCACCUAAGACUUUCGUGACAACCAAAGUUCCCCUAAGACAUCCGAACAGAUGAAUCGUAUUAGGAAAACUCCAAAUUAACCAAACAGGCUUCUAAAGCACAGAGAAAAACUUGAAACAUUCGGUCGUUGUGUGCCCCUGAUCUAGUGCCGUUUUCUCGCGGCUCGUUUCGCCGUCGCCUUAAUGGACCAUAAUUGGAGAGUUUGCUCGCAGGCCAAUGCCUGUCAGGAGGGCGAGAUAGAAGUGCUAACUUACCUCAUCCUUGUCUAUGAGCAAUAUGACAUUUGUAAAUACCGGGAUGGAGGUUCCCUUUACGCAGAUUAGAUAAAUAUAAAUAUGUUAAAGAAGCGCCAACUUAUUAGUAGUAAUGGGAAAAUUGCAUAGAUACUGUCUAUAAAGAUUUGAGCAUGUCACUAGUGAAAAUUAAAUAUUCAUCAGAGAGUCUAAAGCGGGAAAACUUUGACAAAAAAUGUUUCUUCCCAAUCAGACAAAUUUAAGUACAAAUGUUCAUAACCGAUUUACCGGUUAAAGAACUAUGAGUGCCUUUUUAUGCAAAAUCACAUAUAUAAUGAUUGAUUAUUUCAUAAAGAUGAAGGCGAGAUGCGGUUAUUAAAACUGUUUUUCAUCUGCCACAAGGUUCCCUAUGUUACGUGGUCAAAAAAGCUACAAAAGGAGGCUGAGGACUGGUUGAAAAAUGUGAAAAAUAGCGCGAUUGAACAAAUAAGCGAUUAUCCUGGAAACCUAUAUUUGUCACCGUUUGAAACAUACCCUGAGGAGUACUGCAGUACCGCCACAUGGUGGUUCCAUUACGAGGAACAGUAUUAUAAUUACAGCAAUCCAGGCUUCGUUAAGAAAGCAGAAAAAUUUACUCAGGUGGGUCCGGUAUAUUUUAUAGAUGCUUGAAAGUUGGGUGUGGAGGAGAGUACAUUCUUCCAGUCUAAUUCGUUUUCUUUCAGCUGAGUGAAUGAUGAAUUCUUGAAAGGUGUUUCUAAUUUUCUAGUCGGUGGACCACAUCCUAUGGUUCUGAUGUGGUGUAACCAUUCAAAUAAAACAAUAAAACCUCUUUGGUAUUACUUUUCAAAUACCGCUUUUAGUCUUUCAGCAAUUUACAACAUUCAGUUUAGAAAAUGGCGUGAAUUUUGAGUUUGGCCACUUUUGAAGGUGAAAGGGUUAAUACUAUUCCCAGGGGCACAGACCAAAUCUUAGUCCCAGUCACUCAAAUUAAAAACCGUUUUUUCAGUCCCUUCAGAACUCUUAUUUAUGCACAGUCAUUUAUCUUAAAAGAGUUCCAGCCUAUGAAAUUUAUACCGUACAUAAAUUGGGUGACUGGUUUGUUGACGACAUUGACCUGGGUUUUGCCUGCGAGCAGGUUUUAUAGAAGCAGCGCUUUGUGUGGGCGGUGAAGCACUGCUUCUGACAAUCCCUUAUUUUUUUUAUUUUGUCUUAGCUUAUUUGGAAAAACUCAACACAAAUUGGAGCUGCUUCGACCCGGCUUAAAGACAAGAGACUUGCUAUUCUUAUCAAAUACAACCCCGAGGGUAACAUUGCUGGUUACUUUGGUAGGAACGUUUUCCGACCUACUGCGAGAAAAUUCAGUCCGGAAUGGGGGCGUGUUCCCCCCGAGUUUACAUGGUGUCCAGCGGAUGCCGUUCCCAAAGUGCCGACUACGUCAUCACCUUCAACAAUGCCUAACGUGAGAGCGGCCGCGACAAAAGCAGUGUCCCUUGUUAAGCUAUUUCUUGGAGCUUUUAUCUUAGUAUCGUCAAUCUUAUAACCUUCAUAUCUCACACAUUUAUUGCUAAUCCCAUCUAAAGGUUCUGUAGUAAAAGGGCAGCUACGUCGAAAGGCUUCCAGCUAUAUCUUGUGUAGACGCUAAAAAUCAUAGCCACUUAGUAGUAUUUUCUUUUAAAUAUAGAAAUUUUCAUUGAUUAGUAUAGCUAGUCAACGGUCAAUUCCAUAUCCAGAAACAAAGGAAAAUAAUAUAUUUUUUGAAAAACCGACUGACAAAAACUAUCCAUUUCAAAAGUGAUUAGCCCUAGGGUGUGGUCACUGUUGUUUAAAUAAUUUUUGUUAUAAUCGGCUGUAACGGUCACUUUUAAAUUUAUUUGGUCUAGUGUACGUUAGUUGAUAUAAAAAAGUCCUCAAUGUUAUCACUGCUGUUUGUGUUUUGUUUUUGAUUAACAACCAUGUCCAAGGAGCAAAAUUCUUAUUUGCUUUUGUCUACGCCAUGUUUUACUUCGCUUGGAAAACGGAAGGGGAGGAGAAGCUCUGGGUAAGAGGUUGGAGCUCUUAAGAAAAAGAUAUUAAAAAGUGUACUCCAGGUACUUAACCUCGCCCCCAAUACUUUUCCUAUAGAAAAACGGAAAAGCUCUGGGGACGAGGUUGUCAAGUACCCUUUUCUUGAUCACUAUUAUUAUUUUCGUGAUAUGUUUACUCUUGCAAGCCAGAUACAUUUGCAUGAUACAAAAAAUUCCAGCGCUUUUUUAUAUACCUCAUUGUCGAACUAAUUUUCGAAAAUUCUCAAUUCGGUUUCAAGGUCCUAAGUUUUUUUAACGCGCUAAGUCGUGAAAUUCAAAACAGUGAAAGUAUCAGUUUGUUUGGCAAAAGAAGAUCCCUUCUUUCUUAGUGAAAUAUACUCGUUGUUGAGCUACACACCUUUUCUUUUUCUUUAUUUUUAAAAAUUAAUCCAUUUUUCAUUCAGUACACUUAACUCACAUGGUUUACCCUAUAGUUCCAGGAAGCCUAUAGUGUAUAAGUCCCCGGCUUCUAUGUAGGUUUCCUUGUCAUUACCACCAGAGGGUACUAAUGGGGGUACCCAAUUCUCAGUUAACUACUAAUUUUUUGGCCAAAUAGCAGUUCUUUCACUUUCCUACACUGAGCGAAUAUUAUUCCGUUAUAACCCCAAUGUCAUUUUACUUCAGCACGUCAAUCACUUUUGGGGGUAGGCCCUACUAAAAUCAAGGUAUAAAUUUACAUGAAUUCACAUAAACUCCGCCAUUAGUACAAUUUAUAGGUAACUGAAAAUAUAGAAAAGAUUUUGAUUAUCGAACCGUAGUAGUAAAAAUAGGUAAGCGAUAGCUGUUAAGACUCACUGAUUAACCGAUUUUUGCUGUAAGUACAAUUUAGAAUUAGUCAUAUAAUCAUCAAUAUGACACCAGCCUCAGAGAUCCAGACGCACCUGUUAUGAUCUCGUCCUUAUCUUCCCUACCCGGUCAUGCAUGUCCUGCCAUAAACUACUUCUUCGUCACUUGCAUGAUCUGAAUCAGUCUCGUACUUAUCUGGUUGCUCUAUGUCCCGUAUCUUGUUUGUUGGGAAACAAUAUCAAUGCCAAAAUAUAGUCUUAAAUAACAAAACUGGACCAGUUUUUUUUGGAAUUCACUUGAUGCGAAAAAACGUUGUAGUUCUUUAAGAAGAUAGCAAAUAACAUGACAUAGUCCCGUGAUGCUGUGGUGUAGACCCGCUUUAUCUUGAGUUGAAUCGCUUCAAUAGUUUGUUGUCAAACAGGUUGAAAGUUCUCUAUCCAGUAACUCAUCACAACUUCUCUUCAUUUGUCACUGUUUGCACAAAUGGGAGAGACAUAUAGUUGAGAGUGCUGACAAAGGCAUGAAAGUAUUUUGAGACACGGGGCAACCCGACUUUUCGAGAAUGAAGUCCACCUCGAAUUCGUAGUUCUUUUAAGCGAUUCCUUUACGGUGGUUCCAAAGUCUUGGGCGUAGUACAAAGCACUAAUUGAAUGUUUUGUGUUGAAGUGAGAAACCACAUGCAGGUUUUCCAUCUGCGUUGUCAGAAUUUUUUCGUACCACGAUACCUUUUACCUUUUUCGCAGACGUACCUUUUUCGCGUAUUUCAAAAGCGUCAUAAAGAUAUCCAGAUAGAGAUAGCUGUAGUGUUAUCAAGGGCACUCUUGACAAGGGAGUCGCAUAGGUUGCUAUAACGGCGAUACACAUAUAAAAUGCGUAGGGGCUGAAAGAUUGCUGCUGUUUCACGGUCACUCGUACCAAGUGCAGGUUUCUUGUGAUGAUUUUCUUGACCAACGCGUUGGUAGGGUGGUUUGUCAACACCAGAGGGAUGGUACCUGGUUCCCGUCUGGCUCUGAAAUGAGCGCUGUACGGAAGUGGCCAUAACUCGAUCGAGGGCUUGACUAAUCAUGAAUCCGUUGCGAGUAGCCACGGCGUCUGGGAAAAAAACAUGCCUUGGCUGUUUUCUUUAAAAUUUGUCUUGUUGCUGCAGAUGCGCCGUAAGCGGAAAAACUGACUGUAGGGGAUAGUUUCCUAAAGACGAGUGGGGUGCAAGGAAGCAUAAUUAAGGUAAGAAUGAGUUUCAGUUGCAUUGCAAUGUAUGCUUGUAACAAGACGAUCAGUUGUUGGCUCAAAACGAGGUCGUGAAAAGGUAGCUGCUCAUCAGAGAUGGAAAAAGUAAACUUUAGACUGGGAUCAAAACCAUCCUCAAAGGUAACAAAAUCUUCGAUCUCUUGUCUACUACCAGCGAAGGCUCAGGCAAUGUCGUCGAUAUAUACCGCUUGUGCAGACCGGGUGUUCGUCUUGUCUACUGAUCAAAGAUUUGUUCCUCGAUGUGACGGCCAUAAACAGGCACACAUAGCUGGGCCUAAGUCGACUCCGCAUAGCGACUCCUCCGAUUUGGCUGUAAUAGCGGAGCACCGUGGGUAAGAAAACUUGGUUAUCUAUGCAUCCAAGAAAUUUUGGUCCUGAGAAAAUCGUCCGUACGCGUCCGUACUUACGUCCACCCAUUCACGUAAGCCUGGGUGAAAUUUUGCAUUUCAAGUACGCGCGCGUUUCGGCUGUAAAUCGCAUAGCCACCCGGAAUUUUAGAGAUAAAAAAAAAACAACAACAAUAACAACGCCGAUUCUUUCUUUCGACUUAAUUUUAAUAUCUACAUUGACGCGGAUAACAGAGAAAGAGCUAGAGAUAAAAAAACAGAGGAGACCAAUUUCUUUGGAAGAAUAACUUGAAAAUGUUAUAUCGGCGGUGAGAGAAUUAGAAGUGCUAGCGGCCUCCAAGGUGGAAAUGGGUGGCCACGAAAAAAAAAGUGAACAGGAACACAUACAAAAUUUCCUCCAUAAAACGUGUAACUAGGAAGUUUCUGAAAGUUUCACGUUGUAGUCGUGCAAAAUAACUGCAAAGAAAUGUACAGCAAAAGUGUGCUGCACGUGCAAAGUUUUUUUUUUGUGCUAAUUAGAACCAUGUACUGAUUUUUUUGGCUCUUUUUUUCUUGCCGUUGCUACUUAGCAUUACACGAUUUUAUAUUUUGUUCCAUUCAACUAUACUGUGAGAUGAUAACAAGAGCUUCGCUUUUAGCCCUCGCUUAAUCUAUGUCUUACUUUCAAUUGAAAGAGAAAGUAUUGAAUAUAAUAGACCAUUUUACAGUUGUGGAUUUAGGGCCUGUUUACAUGGAGUUGGGGACCCCGGUCUAGUGGGGUUGGUUUCUUUUGUUUUCACGCUCUAGGGGAAACAAAACAAAAGAAACUUACCCCACUAGACCGGGGUCCUUGUAAACAGGGUCUUAGCACCCUUGCCUUCGAGUGAAUGCGAGGCUGACGAUGACCUUGUUUUGAUACAAACCUCCUUUGCUUUGUUAUGGAAAUUGUCCUUGAAAAACACUAGUUAGCAUAAAAAUAACUUGAUUUACAUAAUAAAGCACGAAGAUUUGUAUCAAAACAAGGUCAACUUCAGCCUCGCUUUUAUCCGUAACUGUAAAAUGGCCUUUUUAGAAGGAACUAACUCUGCGAGGCGAACAAGAGCGUGUAGGUGGUUGAAGAACAAGGAAAUGUGUUAGAGCCAAGAGGCCAUCUCUGUUAGGGAUGGUAGUGUACAGGGAUUUGAUAUCCAUGGUGAAAACAUAAUUAUGCUCCCCAAGGAAACGAACAGAUUCGGUGUUACGAAGCAUUUGUUUUGUAUCUUUCACAUAGCUGGGUAAAUUUUAGACCAGCGGGUUGGUGAUCGUGUCCUAAGUACGUGGCAAUUAGUUCUGUUGGGCAAUUACAUUCGGAGAUGAUAGGCCUGCCAGGAUUACAAGACGAGUGGAUUUUUGGCAGCCGAUAGAAUCUUGACGUGCGAGGAUUAUACACAGUGAGAUUCACUGCUGAUUCCGUUAGUUCACCUUUCAAGAUGGCCGCCUUACCCUGAUAACCAUGUUGUUAUGUCAGGGGCACCCAACGUCAAUUUUCGGAAAAUAUCUGUUCGGAAGACGAUUUGAGACCUAGAAUUUUCGGAACAUUUGUUGUAAAAUAUCUUGCUUGCCUGCCUCUCCUCGGAUUUUCGAACAUCUGAAAGAUGGUAUAAUUGCCCAUUUUUAACGGAUUUUUACCCUAAAAAGGUCACCUAGAAUUUUCGCGAGCCUUUCUUCCGGCAGAAAAUUUCGAAAAGAUAAGUUUUGAUCCCUAUAAUUUUCGGAUCACUAGACUUCCAGCUAGGAAAUCCGAACAGGGGAGGGGAUAAAAAUAUACUUUUAUCUACCGACUAAAAUACGUUUAACAAUGCUAUGUUUAAGUGGUUUUGAACUAUAUUCCCGUUGGGUGCCCCUGUUAUGUCUAUACUGUAGUCGCGUUGCUUUAAGUCCAGCUUGCUAACCUCUCUUAGGCACUUGUAGAUGUAAUAGUCUAAGGUCGAGAAGUUUCCGGUAGGUUGAGUCUUAGGCUUUAAAGAUUUCGAAGAUUUUAGAGUUUGUUGACGUCACAGUUAAACACACUUGGCGUUAACAAAGGCAACCCAAGCUCAGUAUGAGAGUUGGGUGUGAUACAAUUUUGCGUGCCGUCUUUCCUCGAAUAAUAGCGCUAUCCCUCGAUUAAUCGCCUCCCUCGAAUAAUCGCCCCCCUUCGACCCUCUUGCCAUCUUCUCUUCCUUUCAUCGCCUCUUUGUCAAGUUGAAGUGCAAUGUGAUCCAGCAGAACUGAUCAGUGACGAUUCAAGCUCUGAAAAUUAAUCAAGGAACUAAAGUUGAGCCCUGGGAUUUGAGCCCAUGUGCAGUUCAUUUGAUGUGAUUAUUUUUUUGCUUAAUGGAAAAGUAAUAAAUGAAAUCUAAUACUUAAGGCAUGACUUCCAGUGAGCAAUAUUUGAAAUAAUAGCCCCCCUCGAAUAAUCGCCUUACCUCGAAUAAUCUCCCCUUUUUGUGUGAAAAAAGAAAUAAUCGCCCCCGGCUAUUAUUCCGAGACGAGGAAAUACGGUAAUUAACAUAAGGAUUUAGAUGGGAAUCAAGCCAAUCUUAAAAGGAAACCUCUCGCUUUAUAAGCAUGGCGCCUUCUUGCUUCAUUUGUGAUAAUUUUUCUGAACCGAUGUGAUUUAGAAACACCGAAGCGCAAGAAGUUGCCAAGAUCGCAUCGGAUGAAAGAUAUUUAACAACUCUCCUCAGGUGCUGAGAUUGGGCUGCCUUUUUUUUAACGUCGUUCUUCUGCCGUUUUAAAAAGUCGUUCAAACCAGUUUUGGUUUCUCACAACAGCUAUUUAGUUGGACUGUAUUUAGUUUGAAUUUUGAAGCCAAGACGUGUUACUGUCAAGCUACAUUUUAAAAACUGGGCUUAGUAAGACGGAAGCGUUACGUUCGAAACGGGUCUUCAAAGUUUCAAAGUACCCCGGUCACGUAGCGUGACGACUGCAUCUUGAAUGCGGCACAAACAAAAAUAUGAUAUCGAUCAAUGAAUACUUAGGAAGUGAUAAUCCUUCAAUCUUGACACGUACUUGCCCUAAUCGCUUUGUCCAAAGAGAGUAUGACGUACACAGACGUUGCCGUUCGCAUUUGACGCACCCACAACAAUUACGAAAUUGGAAAUGAAGUUUACGAGUGCUGCGUAAUGUACCGGUUUUGAUAUUGGUAUAAAUGGAUAUGAGAAACUGCACAGGCGUUGGUUAAAUAUUAAUAUCAUUGAAAGCAUAUUUAAGGGUUUGAUAGACAUGGUCACAUGUUUAUUAGGUAAGUGAUCGCCUUAAAUCUCCUGAAUCGCAUCGCUCCUCAACUGCAUGUUCCAUUUCUCGCCUAGGAAAACCACUACAGAACACAGCUAUGAACGGCAUCGCGAGUAUCUCGAUUGCGUUUGUUGCUUUUUUGACAACUUGUAAAGGUAUGAUAAUCAUACGUAUAUAUUUGUUAAAUAUAUUCGCUAUUUAUAGACCUUUAUAAUUUCAGGCAAAUGUGUGUAGGUCAUUUAAUUUUACGUAUUUUAAAGCUAAAAUACAUUAGUCCAAAGCCACUAUAGCAAAUGACAGUUUUUUCCUAGGAAGCUAAUUAAGUGCUUGGUCUGUCAGUACCCAAUUAUUUUAGACUUUCGAUAUCGGACGAGAAUAGGGCAAUUUCACUUUUUAUAGAGGUAUUAGUCACGAGGUCAUUGGGAUAUCUACAAGGAUCUUGAACCUUUGAACGACCUGAAAUAGUUUUAAUUAUUAAAAAUGUUUGCGCGUCGGAAACGAAGAAAGCUCUUUCAGAGGCUUUUUGCUCUACAAACUGACCUACUCAUGGCUCCUGGCAAUGGCUAACUAACACAAAGAAAACCUUAUAACUUAAACAUUGGCAAUAACAUCUUUCUAAAAUGAUGCAUCUGAGGGUACAGUUGUUUCUUCCGCUCUUCGAACAGACAAAGCCGAAACGACGUUGUGAACAGUGCUCAAUAGCUAGUAAAUAAUUUCAGUCCGCCCAAAAACUAACAGCAAAAGGUUUCGUUUGCUCUUAAGAACCGCCAUUUUCACCCAUUGCUACCUCCACCCAUGAAACGAAGCUUUUAAGCUUUUCAUUAAUUUCAUAGAUUAAAAGAAAAUAAAUAUGGAGGCUUUCUACCAAUUUGUGUAAAAGCAUGCAUGCCUUGCGAAAAUGGGUACGGGGUGAAGUAGGUUUCGUCUACUUAGAAAUAAUUCAGUUAAAUAAUUGGAUAACCAAAUAAAAUCGCAGUAUUUAACAUUUUGUUUUCGUCGCAAAUCUUAGGAAACUAGAAAGAAAUAAGAAAAAUAACCGAAAGUGAAACAUUUUUCAUAUUUUACCAAGUUGGCAUAGAUGGGCUGUUCCUUGUGAGUGCCAACAUAUUUGCCGGCAUUUUUUGGACGGGCGCGUCGCCAAAGACGUAUAACUUCCUCUCUACUUCACGGCUCGGUUUGUCUUAUUACGAAUGCCCUCGCCCACGAGAACCUCAUCCGUAGAAUCAAAUUAUUUCUGACUGAUGGAAAGAAUAUACGUAGUGUUAUUAACAAUAAUAACAUUAACAAUAGUUAAUAAUUGGUAAUAAGAAUGCUAACGAUAACAAUGACGAUAAUAAUAUUGAUAACAAUAAUGUUGCAUUUCAACCUCGUUCCCAAGGUCCUCUCCGGCUACUUGUCCUCCCCUAGCGAGAGACUAGUAGGAAGGACCGUGGGAAGGACGAUGAUUGAAUUUCGGUGCAUUACACAAACAUUUCUCCGUUUCCAUAGGUUUUCCUAUAGUUAAACUUAUCAUUUACCCCUUGACUGAACGUUUCAACGGUCGUUCCACUGUACGCUAAUGCGUUUUCGUUCGGUAUCGCGAGUAUUUUUAUAAGUAUUAAAUGGCGUCGCUUGCGCCCAAGCGGAGGGUUUACAAAACGUUCUCGAUUUUAGCCAUAAUAGAGAAAGUAGUGCGCCCCACCUCAAACUUCUAGAUAUACUUAACAUACAUAACAUUUUUAAACUCAAAAUCUCCUUGCUAGCGCACAAAAUCUACCAAAAUGAAGCCAAUAUCCCUGAAGUGUUUCAAAACAACCUCGUAAAGGUGUCUGAUAUUCACUCACACAAUACCAGAAAUGCCUCACUCGUAACUUUUAUGUACCACGUGUAAGGUCAAAUUACGGCAAACACACAUUUAAGUUUGCCAUAACCAAAACUUGGGAAGAGAUUCCUAAUAAGAUAAAAACACUUACCUAACAUAAGUUCAAAAAACAGGGCAAGCCAAUUUUACAAUGUAGUUAACUUUCAAAGAAACAAUGUAUUACGACUGUUUCACAUAAAAUGACUCCCUUAACAUAAUCGUCCAUAGUUGCCAUGGCACCAAGCGCACAUUUUAUAUGUACUUCCACUCGUAAUAUAGGGGUGGUUAGCUCGAAAGCUAAGCUACUCUGAUCACCGUGCACUUCUGAUCUAUCCAAGCCAUUAACUUUCUUUUUUCCUUCUUCUUCUUUAUUAGUGUCUUCCUACCUUACUAUAUAUAAUGUAAAUAUUUUAUAAAAGUGUGAAUAAAAUUGAUCGAAUUGAAGUGAAUUGAGUUGUAGGAUUGAAUUGUGUCAAUUUACUUAGCAUUCUCAAUAGCUCUUUGCGAGACAAGAUAUUUCUAAAUUAAUUCAAACGAGUUGGAUAAGACCGGAAAAAAGAAAACGACCAAGUAAUAAAAUUAAAUAUCAUUAAUAUCUCCUGAUAAACAAGUGACAAGACGACCCGCCGAAGCUGAGCCGGUCGACUGUAAUUUCGGGCAAAAUUUAUUGUGUCCAAGGUUCAAAAAGCAAAAAUUAUAACUCAGUAUUGUGGGUGGAUUCUAUAGUUUUAAUGAAUAAACAGAUAGAGAGUUAAGUUGCAAAAUGUCCUUAUUCAGGAUGUUGCAAGUUGAUGUUGCUAUGUGGUGAAUGGCCUGCGAGCAGCAGGCUCACUGGUACAAUUUUGCAUGGGGAACAUUUUCGGCUGCGGAACCGCCAGCGAGAGCUGACGAAGCCGGGAAUAAGAAUGCGGAAUGGGCCGAGCUAUUCUUCUCGACGGCUAAUGCUUGCGGCUCGGUCGCUAAAAUUUUGUUCGAAAGCUCACAAGUAAGAUGCCUGCACACAGACGCCGGCUACAUUGUGAGGGAAAUAAAACACAAAAAUUUGGCUUAGCGAGAGCUAGAGACGUCAGCCUUUGAAUCUUUUCACGGUAUUAUUAACUUAUAAAGCCAAUUUUUUUAUCGGAUAUAAAUGACUUACAGUACUAAUUUUCAUUGCAGUUGCAGGUAAAAUGUCCUUUAAAAAUCAGUGUAUUUAUUGGCACAACUAUUUCCGCACACUCCAUCAGGUAAAUAGCUCUAGAUGUAAAUUCUAGCGCAGAUUGGGGAAUUGGACAAUAAUUACUCUGAAAAUUCAGAGAAAAGGCUUUUAUUUUUAAUUUCACGGAUCAUUUGUAUCUUGGGUUUGGAAAAAGGGAAUUCCUAGGUGUCAAUUUUGGAAUCUGGGGUUGAAGGGGUGGUUAAUCUCAUAAUUCAGUCCCUCUUCUUAUGUCAUUUAUAUUGAUCUAUCCUCCUUUUCCUUUCCUCUACUUAAUUUCUUCUCAGUUAUAAAUUACUUUUAUUUUCCUCUGCCCGUCUCAAUUAGCCAAGCUAUUUGCGAGCAGAGGAUGUUUGUGUGUACAUAUAUGUCAGUGAUUGAGCUAAUUUAAUUUGUAACUUAUGAAGAUCAGUAAACUUCAACUUUUAAUUUACGUAAUUUAAUUUGUAACUUAUGAAGAUCAAUAAACUUGAACAAUUGAACUUCAACUUCUUCAACUUCACUGGUUCUAAAUGUGAGGGAGAUAAUCUCAUGAUUUUUGCGUUCUAGAAGUGAGCCUACACCCCAAUAGCCUCCCACGCAGGCGUUUUUAGGGAAGCUCGUACAGGCGUUUGUAGGGAGGGAAGAAAUACGAACUCCCCUAAAAUCGCCUGCGUGGGAGGCUAACACCCCAACCGGAAAAAAAGGCGACACUGUCCAACCUCUAUGUGCGACCACCUCUCAAUCUUGACCACCUCCAAUAAACGACUAUCUGCCCAAAACACUCAAAUGUUCCUAGUUAAGUAAUUACAGUAGGAGACCUCUCUUAAAUUAACGACCCUCCGACCACGCAACUCCCACUUGAGGGUAACAGUUCUCUAAAGCAACAUUACAUGACCUUCAUUGGGAAAAAACACUCAAAAUAAAGAGGUAUAUUUUGUCUAUUUUCUAUUUUAAAGAGUUAAAUUUUUGUUUCUUCAGGUCCCCAAUGUCACUUGGUCGAAAAGUCUUCAGAAAGAAGCAGAGGAUUGGGUCAAAUAUCUAGCAGAAAACAACAAGUUUCAUCAUAGCGAAAAGAAUCCUGGUAAUUUAUACCUGUCCCAUCCUAACGAUUACCCAGCGGAGUAUUGUAGUGACGCUAUACAAUGGUUCCAUUGGGAGGAAAAGUAUUAUAAUUACGACAGACCCGGUUAUAAUCAAGCAGCGGGACAUUUCACUACGGUAUGAACAAUAUAUUUGGUGUUGGAAUAAACAUUGACUGAAAUAGUUUGAUAAAUAAAUGAGUUAUUAUUUUUUCAAAAAUUUUCCCUUUUUUGACUGUUUCAAAUCUGUGGUGAAUUUUGGGAUCGCACUCGGCGCAAGAUUUAAAGCUUGUUCAGCUCAUGAGGGAUACUGUUGUAUUCAUUCAGCAGUCACAUACGUAACGCCCAGCACUUCAGUGAUAAUAGAGGCAGAAUAGUACGGUGUGGAUUACUGUCGUGCGAUUACUCUAGUGCUGCUCGUACCUCCAGUCUAGCAGACUACUCGUACUUCAUGCCUCGGUUUAAAUUUAAAGUGAAAUUAAUACUUUUUUGUCACUUUCAGCAUUCUUUGUUUUAUUUGUUUUUUAUUUUCAGGUGGUUUGGAGAAAUUCCAAAGAAAUUGGGGCAGCGUGGGCCAUUCGCAAAGACAAGAGACUUGUUGUUUCUAUCAAAUACAACCCAGGAGGCAACUAUGUCGGUUACUUCGGUAAAAACGUUUUUCCACCCAUUGCUCGCACUCUAGGUUCUCAAUGGCCUUACACUCCACCCAAGUUUACAUGGUGCCCAGUACAAGUACGACCAACAACGGAUUCCACGGAUCCUAAUGUGGUGCCUGCAGCUGGAAAAGCGAUGAUCUGUAGUCUUUACUUGGUUAUUGCGUCUUUAAUCUUUGCUGAUUUAAUGUUAUGAACUGAUUUGAUCAUGAUUUAAGCCUUUCACUGCCAGAGUGUUUGAUAGGGUUUUGUAAGCUGCCGACUCUCACUUUUGAGCCUGUGUACCAAAUCCUAUGAUGUGACCACUUAAAUGAAAGCUCUCUGCCUGUACUUUCACAUGAUGCUAUUUGUUUCUCAAAAUUUUAGAAAAUAAAAUUUGGAACUUUGGUCGAAAUUUGCCUUUGGCGACAUUUGGCUGUGAAAGGCAUUUGGCUGUGAAAGGGUUAAACGCGAGUCAGUGAAAGCAAGUAGAUAUCAAGCGUUGUUAUCCCUACCUACACACAAAUUCUCGAGACUGAUCUCCAUACAUUUCCUAAAGAAUGAGUUGGGAUAAUUUGAUGAAAGAUCAAAGCAUUAUUCCUCAGAUGUCCUCUAAACCUUUUUUUCUUGAUUAUGUAUUGAUAUUGUUAUUAUUAUUGGAUGAUGACUACUUCAAUUAACUAACAGCUAUAACAACUAUUUAUUGAUGUAUAACUACUUUUAGUAAAAUCCAAGUAGCUAGUGGUCUAUUAUCAAUGCUGCGUUCUGAUUGGUUUAGCUACUACUAGGCUAUAUGUUAUAGCCCACUACUAGCGAAAAGCGCGCGCUUUUUGGCGACUAAGAGCCCAUUCGGGCUCGAGGAAUAAUUGUUAAGUAUAAUAACCAUUUAGCAAUCAAGUAAGAACGUCUAACCUGGUCAAAACGGAUGCACGCUUUGUCUGAUUUGAUCAACGAAUACUUAAUAGACGAAUUAUUAAUUAAUAUCUUAUAGCUGCUUUAUCCCAAACAUCUGGUUGUCGAGAGGGUUUGGAAACAGUGCAGUAGGGGGUACCUCAUAGAAGAACACCCCAACUGUCUGGCCUCUUGCAUUGAGUGUAGUGUUUUUCAUUUCGCAUACUUCAUAACCGCCUACUUUGGUGAAAAUAAGUAAUAGUUAACUGUUAAUUAAACAGUUGAUUAACCCGCUAGAGACAUGUGCAUGGAUAUAUUUAAGUGCCACUGCUGUACACGCUAGUGGGAGCAAAGAAAGUCUAAAGCUUACGGGAUAUUGUGAAUAGCUGAACAGAAUAGUCAAACCGCAGAAUUGUAAGUAGAAAGUAGAAUGUCAUUAUGGAGAUUUAAAUUUUCGUUAGUUAGCAUUUGUCUAUAAGAAAAAUUACAUAUUUAAUGCCACAUCCUUUUAAAGUUUAACCAGUCAUAUUAAGAUAAAUAAAAUUCAUUACUGAUCACAAGAACUAGCGAUGGACUUUGCUUUUUGCUGGGAUGCUACAAUUUGUUGUAGCUACUUAUCCUUCAAUACGGUGUAAUUUUUUUGUUUGAAACUCUUUGGACUAAAGAUUGAAAUUCAACUACUACUUACAUCAAUGGUAUUCAAACAUGCGCCUAACUGAAAUUCAAAAGUGUGCCAUAUAUUUUAAUUGCCAUAACAUGGUCUAGGUGAGAAGGUGUUAAAAAAAGGUAAGCAAUACUAGUACAUGGCAGGCAGGGUCGCGCAUGGCCGGUACUUGAAGCUAGAUGACAUAUGUCAUCCGUGUCUGAUAGAAACAACUUUUGUUUGGAACUAUUUCAAGUCAACGUGUCGUGCUCACCAUCUAAGUUCAGACUCGUGCCCAAAGAGAAGAUUGGGGUUCAGUUGAGGCGCCAACCUAAACCCAAUCUUUUCACUCGAUCCAUUCAGCCAACAAACUCAUAAAUAGCGACUAGGUACUCUCUCCGCCGUAAAGGCCUCUUUGUAUUGUAGAGAGGGCUGGAGAGGGGGAAACAGAAAGCGCGCGGGGGAUGAUGGGAAGGGGAAAGAGAAGAAGAAGCAAAAAUUGAAUGCAUUAUAUGGCAGAGGAUCCCGCCUUUUGCCUCUUCCCAUCGUCCCCCGCGCGCUUUCUGCUUUUCGAUUAUUGCUGUUUUUAUUGGAAUACCCAGCGGGAGCCUGGUCUAUGAGCUAAAGUUGAAUGCCUCUGUGUUUGUCAUAACUGUGACGAAUAUGUAUUUUUAAAGGUAAAUUUAAUAAUUAUGCUUCCUAGGUUAAAAGAAAACUAUUUGAGCGAUUGAAAAUUCUCUUCGUCGCCUAAUAACAAAUUAGUUUUUAUAUACCUGUAAACUUUAUUACGUCUGUACACUCCCUCAUUCUUAGCCCGGAAAAAAUGAGCUCCCAACUUGUUACAUUAGCUGUGUGUAUACUAAAGCCAAAGUCAACAAACAAACUUGAAAGAAACUAACAAAACGUAAUUAAAUCGGUACUUUUACAAACAUUUAUAAGCUUUUGAAAUGUCAGAUAAAAAACAAGUCUGAAAGCUAUGAGUGCUUUUACCCAUGACGUUCCACACAUCAUGCUGAGGAAAUAUGUCUACAACUGACAAAAAUCACCAAGUGAUUAUGUUUAGAAGCCUUGAUUUUUUAGGUUGUCUGUUGCUGCUAAGUAUGACUGUUCAGAAAGCAGGUUAGUGUAUUCUAGAAGUAGGGAAACUUAAACUCUGUACAUGCGCAAGAUUGACUCAGACAAAACCACUGUUUUCGUUUAUACUCAUAGAACUCAAAUGAAAUUAGCCGCUGGAAGGCUGUAUUUUUUUCCACCUCUCUUUGCAAAUUGCAGUACACGUUACCAGGAGCCCAUUGGUUCCUGACGUUACCCAGAAACUGGAGAUAGAACAUCACUUUGCAGGUCUUAAUGAACGAAAAUGAAACACUGUAACAAUGUGGGAAUUCGAAAUCGGAAAGAAGUGAAAGUACGCCAAAUUACUGAAAUUCAAUGUUAAACACUGAAAUAUUUUUUGGGAGAAAUUCGUGCACAGAGUCGGCCUUAUUCGAUUAAUUUGCCAAGUUGUAUGGAAACCUAAAAUACAGGAGGGUUUUGCCGACUGGUUAGCUGACACAGAUUACAUAACUGUCCAUUUGAGAUGCAAGUACGAUUUGGGACAGCUAAUGAAAACUGGUAAUUAAAAUCAAUUGUUGAACUGAUCAUGAAGAUCGAUUCUAAUGUCUCAGCGGUUAAAUUAAUUACAAAAAGGGAUUUAAAGGCAACAGAAGAAGGAGAUAAAUGUCCCAAGAAGAGUAAACAAGCUUAUCAUAUCUGCGAUUAAUUGACAUUUAUAUAUCUUUUUUGCUCGACGUUUUUAAUAGUCCCUGAGUUCGUUUAAGUUACAACAUAUUUUUAAAUUACAUAUUGUCUACGAAAAAGACGCUUAGUGAUUGUUUCUUUUAAAAUAACAAUACUAGAUUCCUCUGUUGCCAGAAUAACCUGAAGCACUCCUCAUUGUUUGUCAGUCCAAUUCAAACAAGCAAAUUGGCGCAAUUUUCGAUUAAGUGUUCUGUCCAUCUAAUAGCAGCAAUCCAAAUAUCAUAGCUGACCAAAUUAUUAAAUUUAGGCUCUCUGAAAAGGUUUUGUCAAACGAUAUACUGCUACUUACCAACUCAUUGACUGAUUGUUCUACGUUCUAAAUAUCAUUUGAGAAUGUAAAAAAACUAAUUCCCCUUGUGAAACACAGAAAUUAAGUCAAUUUCGUCGAAUUGAGCAUUUCGGCAAAUGUCAAUGCGUUUACAAUGCUCUUUAAUGUUGGACGACUCUGCUGAUUUUAUUGGCAGGUUGUUCUUUGCCAUGUAAACAGCCUUCGCUUAUCUGGCAUAACCACUUCAGGAGAAUCCAUCAGGUAAUUUACUUCUAACUUUCAACUCUCUUUCCUUCACGUACGAAAAACUGCCCGAGGCCUCCCGGCCGGGUUUUUGGGCAAGAUGUUAUAAAACCGCCCGCUCCCGUAACCAAUCAGAUCGCAUGAUUUGGAGAAUCCCGCCCGGUCGCAAACUUAGGAAAAAACAAAAUAGAAUAAAAUGCAAAGAUAUCAAAACUACUCAAGAUACCAAUCAAAUAUUUGCAAUGAAUAACAAUAACAAUAAUGGUUCAGUCGGUCACAAAAUUUUGAGCUUCGUGUGCUUCAAAAAGUGCAUCGAUCUAAGAUAAAACCAACAAACAUGAAACUACGUCAUCGUGUUUGUAAUAAAUAAGAGUUCAUAGCAGCUACACGGACGAACACUCCUCGCCAUUUUCUUCUCUUUCUUAAUUUAAGGAUGAAAUGACCCAGGAACUGGAAAUUUGUGCCGAUCUCCUUCCCAUCGAUGUGCAUCACAUGGUUUGGGUUUUGUAUGGUUAUCAAAGGAUUAACCUCUGAAGCCCUAAUAUCCAAAUACAAAUUCUCCAGACUGAUCUCUAUACAUUUCCUUAAAGAAUACGUUGAGAGAAUUUGGUUUAAGAUCAAAGCUUUUCCCAUCAGAUGAUCAUUUCAUUAAUUCUCACAACAUUUUCUCUAGAUUAUAUAAUGAUAUUGUUAGAAGAAAAUUGGCUUUGGUCACUCUUACGGCUCAAAGGUUUAAGGGAUUGCACGACCGAAUAUAUGCCCCAACUCUUUUUCCGUAUUCGAAACACACCAGAGAUAUUACUAUUGAUGAAUCUUGCUUGUUUUAAUCGACUAGUUCAAUAUUGAAUAAUUCAGCAGAUAAAUUUGAAUAGAAUAAUGAUAAUAGGGAAAAAAUUGAACUUAUGGAAAUAACACCGUUUCUUGUCUUCGUAGGAUAAUUAUUUCUUUUAAUGCCAAAAAACAUCCUCACUACCUUGUACAUUGAAUUUAGUGACAUUUUGUUUGGAGUAAGAACAAGAAGAUCACUAAUAGCAAAUAGUUAAAGAAGCUUGAAAAAAGAAACAAACAGAAAAAAGCUUUGACUUGAGAGAAAGAGAGAGAGUGUGUCCCAGUCCCUCUCGUACCUGCCAAACGAGUUGCUUCAAAGCAGUAACCAGUGUAGGAUGCAGAUCGAUCAACCUAAUGGUAGACGGUUUCUUUAGACCAAGCAGUGGUCCACUAAUAAUCUAAGGCAGCCAUACCGACAAAACUUACAGCAAAGAAUGAAGUAAAAGCGACAGAACUUUUAUACCUUAUCUCCUGAAAUGCAGAUACUGAGUUUUCCUUCAUAGGUUGCUAACGUAACUUGGUCACAUGAUCUCUGGAAGAAAGCCAACGCGUGGGCAGAUUACUUGGCCAGACACAACAAAUUCGAACACGAUGGGAAAGAUCCUGGAAAUUUGUUCUUAAGUCCUGGAAGGCCUGCCAAACCUUGUGAACAAGCAGUAAAAUUGUUCUACCAAGAGGAGAAAAAUUAUGAUUAUAGUAAGCCACGGUAUUACCCAAAAGCUGCACAUUUCACCCAGGUAAAAACUUCGGAUUAAUUUAGGUUUCUAGGAAACUGCCCACCUACCCCUCCCCUAAGCCAUCAUUUUGGCCAAAGUGAGAAGUAAGUGUUAAUGUUGACUCAGGGGAGGGGUAGGUGGGCAGUUUCUCAGAAACCUAAAUUGAUCCACAGCAAAUAUGGUCAAGACUACCCUGAUUUGAGAUUAAAAAUCAGGUCAGUUAUGAAAAAUGGCAGCAGCAAAUGGUAGAGAUAGCCAUGCAAUUGUCGAUUCAUGUGAGAACGAUGAUAUUGUUAAGUUCCUGGAUCUCUUCUUGAUGUUUAACGACUAACGACAAACGGUAAGCUAGGGUUGCGGGAAAAGAGGUGACGCGGUCAUCUCGCACUUGCAGUUACAAACGUGAUUCUUAAACUCUCCAUUAUUUUCCUCCUUACGUUACGCCUGUCACUUGCAUCUCGCAUGAAACGUGUUUUGUGACGUGUCCUGCAUUCAAAUUUUUAUAUCGAGGUUUAAUAUUGUUGUCAACAAGCUCGUAACUUUAUGGCUUUAGCAGGGAUGGGCCAUUUUGGCGACUUUCACCACCUCAGCCGUCUUAUCUCCAUGGAACUUGAUCAGUGCUUGGAGACAAAUUAAUGAAUGUUUAGCCCAAUUUUAUAACUCUUUCCUUGCCUUUUUUAGCUCGUCUGGAAAAACACAAAGCAAAUCGGCGCAGCCAGCAAACGUAGAAAAGACGGCAAAACUGUGGUGGUAGUAAAAUAUUUCCCGCCCGGAAACGUUGGAGGUUAUUUUUCCAGAAAUGUGUUUCCUCCGAAAGAGCCCAUCUUGACAACCUCCGUUAUACAUUGCAUAACGGCAACCACCCAGGAGGGUCGCCCACUCCCUUCUGUAACCACCUCUGCUUCUAACGUCAGCACUGUCACAACAGAUUGUAACCAAGUUGUCACCAAACCAAACGUUGUUAGGGCAGGUGUUUCUGCUGUACUAGAAUCACAGAGAUUGGCCACGUUUGUUGUCCAGUGGGUGCUUUUUGUUUACCUAAUAUCUUAA